UGUGUGCGACAUUAGUCCAUGCCUACAGUUUCCAGUUGCAUUUGUCCAUGAAGUAAUUAAAAAAGAUAUAUGCUGUUAACUUCUGAUAUCAAGGGAACGUGUGAGUCGCAUUUAAAGACAUAUAGGUAUGCUUCGAGCUAACGAGACAGUGAUAGUAAUCUUCAGAUAGCAAGUAGCAUUUGGAAACGGCAAGGUUAUUGAUACAUGUAGCUAACAACAUGUGGUAGCUUUAUAGUCAGUUUAUCUGGGAAAUACCUGUUUAUGUCAUGUCAGUUAAGGAAUAUAGCUGAUUUAUAACUGAAGUGGAUGUGAAGUGUAGUAAUAGAUAAUCUAAGUUAAAUUCAGAGGCUAACAUGGGCUCCACAUUGUUAUUCAAAGGCAGAAUAUGCUUGAAGCCUUUCUAUCACCGGGGGAGUUUCUUCACAUUAAACUCUUCCAUCUUCAAGUCAUCACACCUGCCUCUCUCAGCACGCUCCCUGUGCACCAGAGGCCCUUUCCCCAAACCUGGAGCCAGGCACACAGACAGAAGUUCUGAUACACAGGGGGGAGUAAACAAGAGCACCUUUCAAAACAGGGAAGAGGAUUUUGGGGAUGGUGCUAGAAGAGGUAAGAGCUCCACUGUUAGGCAGAAGCCUUCCUUCCCCAAAUCUGUGUUUGCUGCCGGGACUGCAAAGAGAACAGCAGAGAUCCAGAAGAGGAAAGCAGCGUUGUUCUUUCAGGAGGAGGAGCAGCAUGGAGGGAGAACAGCGUCUCUGCAACCUCCCGAUCGGCCGCUCUCUGCUGCUGAGUGGAGGGAUCUGAAGGAGUCUCGGGGAAAUGCACCCCGCUUUGACAUCCGCAUGAUGGUACAACUGUUCACCACCGCGGCAGAGCUGAAUAUCGCUAAGUCGCUACUGACUUUUGUAGCCACGGAAACAGGGACGCUCUCCUAUGAGCUGUUACUACGGUACCUGACGUUGUGUGUGCGCGGCGGACACGAUGCCGAGGCGUUCGAUGUCUAUGAAAUAAUGCAAGGAAAUUUCCCUGCUCUGGACACAGGAGCCUCCUGCCUCUUUAUCCAAUCCUUCAGCCGCACGGAGAGGUGGAGGGAGGCCAUCAGCAUCCUCGAAGAGAUUAAGAAGGUGUGUACCCCUUCAUCAAGCAACUACGGGGAAAUUGUCACCGCAGCGAUGUUGAAUGGAGACACCACCACCGCCUGGGCCCUGUAUGAUGAAAUCAUUGAAAAGGGGCGGACCCCGCACCAGGAAACCUGGGAGGCUCUGUUUAAGGCAGCGGGGAAGAUUAAGCAGGAGGAGGCCAUGUCUGCCUCUGAGCACCAGGAGAGGCUGCUGGGAAUUCUGCUCUACAUGAGGGACAACCAGAUCUACCCCCAGCACGGCCUCACCAGCACCAUCAAUGCCUGGUUUGAAAGACUCUCAGGACAGAAAUGGACAGGAAGUUUGACCAGCGCCACCCCAAAGGGUGUGUGCCGCUGUUGUGGGUCUCAGUUGGAGUCAAUCAAGCUGACUGAUGAGGAGUACCAGCAGCUGAAAGACAGAGUGAUGGCUGACAUCAUUCAGGGACGAGAUGUUUUUGAAAAGACCACACCGGAGGAGUUGGAGAGAUUCAAGGCGUUCGUGAAGAAAAGGCCAGCUUUUGAUGUGGUCGUGGAUGGACUGAACAUAGCAUAUCGCACCAACGACACAACACGGCUGUCAGAGACGUUGUUGGCGGUGGUGUCGGAGCUGGAGCGUCAGGGCCUGACGGUGCUGGUGCUUGGGAGGAAACACAUGCUGCGGGCCUCCAGAUCCUGGGACAGAAACAACAUGAUGCUGAUCCAGAAGAAAGCUCACUGCUUCUUCACUGAAAACAUUUCGGAGGAUGACCCCUUCAUGCUGUAUGCCACUUUGCAUUCUGGGAACCACUGUCGGUUUGUGAGCAGGGACAUGAUGAGGGACCACAAGGCCUGCCUGCCAGACGGGGCCACCCGGCGGCUCUUCUUCAAAUGGCAGAGAGGCCACCAGCUGGUGGUGGACGAGUUUGCCACGGCAGGCAAGAGGGUCCGAUUCCAGAGUAUUCCCACCUACGACACCAUUGUCCAGACUUCAGCGGACUCAUGGCACGUUCCCUACGACGACACAGAGGACAGGGGCACCUGCGAGGUGCCACAGAAAUGGCUCUGCCUCACCACAAAGCACUGAACUCACACACACACACACACACACACACACACACACACACACACACACACACACACACACACACACACAUAACCAUAUACACACAUAUUACUCUGCUUUGAUUAUAACUGUUGACUUGUAAAUAAAUCAUU